AGCUCCGCCUACCAAGGUUGGCACUCGCUGGCAAAUAAGGCCAUUUAUAAAUGCCUGUGAACCCUCUAUUGUGUUAUUCUGGGAACAGUCAUAAGGUGCAAUAGACGUGUCAGCCCUUGUAGUGUUGUGAACAUAAUAUGGGAAGGUAUCAGUGUUGGUUAGUAUUAGCCCUAGUGAGUGUAGUUUAUGGGAAACAGAAGAUUCCUGUAUACGGUCCUGGAUAUGAAGGAUAUCCAGAAUAUUAUGAUCAUCCCAAAUAUGCAUUUAACUACGGUGUAGCAGACCACAACACAGGAGAUGUCAAAUCUCAGCAUGAGACCAGAGAUGGCGACGUAGUCAAAGGUCAAUAUUCUCUGGUAGAGCCAGACGGCUCAGUUCGGACAGUCGACUAUACUGCAGAUCCUGUGCAUGGAUUUAACGCAGUCGUGUCCAAGACAGGUCCCAGUAUACACGCACCAUCUAUCCCAGCCCGUGCGCCCCCACAGAUAAAGCCAGUGGUGCAGUACAUAGCUAAACCCAUUCCUGUUCCCGUCGAGGUGCCUAAAAGUCUAUUCGUACCACGGAUAUACCCAUCAGCAUCUCCUUUUCUGUUCCCUAAGGCCGUGCCUCAGUUUCCGGACUACGAUGGAUUUGAUGUAGAUGGCCCUUUUUCAAUACCACCUGGCAGUUUUUAUUAGUUUCUUUUUUUAUAAAUAGGUCUGAAUCAGGUCAAGGUUCUGGGUCGUGCCUCGAGGUAUACCUAGCUGGUGGACCAAUCAAUUGGUAAGAUUGAAAAGUUGCAUCCUUAUAUAAAAAAAAAAAAUUGUUAAUAAGAAAUUACUAUAAAUAGAAUCAUAAAUGUUAUAUACCAAUAAAUGCUUACGAAUUUCAUCAGGCACAAUACAUAAUUAAUAAAUUCGUGCCAAGUUUUCAUACAUAGACAAU